GUGCCUCCCUCGACUACGUACACUCGCCCAGCACCGAUCCGGACAUGGAUCUCAUCAAUCCCUAUAUGCGCCAUCACAGUUUUGCGGCUGCCUCACAGAGCAGUCCGCCGUCGGCGGCGCGCCAUCAUUUGGCCGCAGCGGCUGCCGCGGGUCUGAGCAAUGGAUUUGCCGAUGUCCACGCACAUGCGAUGGCCGCGGCGGACUAUCAGCAACAGCUGGCGGACUAUCACAGUGCCGCGGCAGCAGCGGCGGCAUAUGCCAGCAGCAACAACAACAACAAUAACAACAACAAUGGACUUAACAGCCCACUGAUGCUGCUGAAGGCGGCGCACGGCGGCGCAGUGGGGGCACGGCUGGAGGCCAAAUCAUCUGCUGAGGAUUCGCCAUCGACAACGCCACCGCCCGCCUCGUCGCGCCUACACUCGGAAUCGUCGCCCUCGCCACGUUACGAGCACAACUCCAGUCCUGGCGUCGACAGCGCCAAAUCCUUCGCUUUGAGCCAGCGCAGCAGCGGCGGCGAGGACCAUUGCCAGAACAGUGAGUCCAGUCCGCCGCCGUCUGACUACAGUCCAGAGAACUUGACCAGUCGCAAGUAUCAGCAUCAAAGCAGCGGCCUUAAUCCGCUUAGCCUGCACAACAGCAACAACAACAUUGGCAACCAUCCUAACAACAACAACAACAACAACAUGGAGCACAAGCUGCCAUUGAGUUUUCUGGGUCCGCCACUUGCGGCUCUGCAUUCCAUGACCACAGAAAUGAAGACUGCACAAGGCGUAGGCACUGGAGCUGGUAGUGGAGUCGGCGCCUCCGGCAAUGGCCUGGUCUAUGGGCACAGUCCCAACUCCCAUUUGAUCAGUGAACGUGUAACGGGCUCCAGCUCAAGCAGCUCGACGACAACAAAUACCCAAGGCGCUGCCAAUCCGCAUGGCAUCGAUACGAUACUCUCCAAACCGCCGCCGGUAACAUCGGCGGGUCUAAGUGCUUUAACGGGAGCUGGCAUUCCACGUUUCUCCAUAGCCGCUGCUGCGGCAGGCAUGGCCCAAUAUCUAUCGCAGAGCCAGGGAGCGCCAUUGAAGACGCACGCCGGGCACAUCGUGGAUCGCACGCAUCUGUACUGGCCCGGACUGCAGGGUCUGGUGGCCAAUCCGAUAGCGUGGCGGGAGCGUCUAUCGAAUACAAUGUCGGCCAAUUUGUCACAAUCCCAUCAGCAUCAUCCAUCGAGCGAUAAGGAUGGCAAAAAGAAACACACCCGCCCAACAUUCAGUGGUCAGCAGAUAUUCGCGCUGGAGAAGACAUUCGAGCAAACCAAAUAUCUGGCUGGACCAGAGCGUGCCAAGCUCGCAUAUGCCUUAGGAAUGUCCGAGUCGCAGGUUAAGGUUUGGUUUCAGAAUCGUCGCACCAAAUGGCGCAAACGUCAUGCGGCGGAAAUGGCAACGGCCAAGCGGAAACAGGACGACAUGGGCGGCGACAACGAUGGAGACUGCAGCGAGACCAUGGACAGCGACAACGAGAGUCUGGACAUGGGCGAGGCACCCGCCCAAAGCAAAAGGAGUCGCAGCAGCAGCAGCUCCCAGCAUCAACAGCAACAGCACCAGGAUAAUUAUCGUCAUUAAAACGAAUUUACCAAACGGCAAAGGAUAUGCAAGAAAAUUAAAACAAUUACAACAAUAGCGCCAGCUAAUAAACUCGAACAAAGCGAAAGGUGCUCAACAUUUGUCGGGCAUUUCAGUUUUUUAUUAGCUAGUCAAACAACAAGAACUACAGCAACAACAACAACCACAAGAAAAUAUUAAAAAAAAGGUUUUGCCACUUUACAGUCUUCUGAAGACGUCACUUUUAAGUCAACGCAACUUAAUUUCUUCCUCGAUUUGCCCUCUUGUUUCAUAUAUAGUAUGUGUGUAAAUAUUUAUGUUUAUUUUUAAAGUACAUAGAUAUAUAGAAUUUAGGUAUUUUGUAUUUAAUAACCGGGCUCUAAAUGCUAAGUCGUCUUAAGUCACACAAGUUACUGAAUUUAUUACAUAUUGUAUGUUUAGUUUGAUAGUUUUUUUCAAGAAAAUCCACAAAGCUGAAGCAUCUUUUAAAUUUAAAUGUAAUUUCGUGGAUACGAAGAGACUUGUGUUUAAAUUGAAAUAUGAAUAAAUAUGCGGAGUGCGAGCCACUUCCCAUGAAUACAAUAUUGAUGAUGAUAA